CAUCUCCCUUUCCUUUUCUCCCACUGCCCCAGUGCCCCCUACCCUCUCUCUCUCCUCUCGUGCUCUCUCACCCCACCACACCCCAUGGCCACCACCCACGGCUGCUCCUCCCACCUCGCUACUUAUCGCAGCUGCGCCACUCCUGCUCCGGCGCCAUAGAAACGCGCGUGUCGAUCGAUCGAUCGAAGCCGCCGAUCGAGCUCGAGGCGGGGGCAGCGGAGCAGGCGGCGGUGACUGCCUGAGUCCUGACUGGUGAGUUGAAGCUUGAGCGGGAGGUGGCGUUUGGCUCCGGUGGGCUCCGGAUCGGAGAUGGUGCUGGAUCUCAAUGUGGCGUCGCCAGCGGACUCGGGCACGUCAAGCUCGUCCGUCCUCAACUCCACGGACGGCGGCUUCCGGUUGGGCCUGAUCGGGAACCCCGACGACGAGGACUGCUCCGGCGAGCUGACGGCGCCGGUCGCCUCCUCGGGAUUCAUGACGCGGCAGCUCUUCCCAUCCCAGGCCGCGCCGGAGCCCGCGCCGGAGCCCGCGCCGGAGCCCGCGCCGGUGCCCGCGCCGGUGCCGGUGUGCCAGCCGCGCCGCGCUGAGGAUCUCGGCUCUGGGCAGAGGCCGGUGGUGGUCGCGAAGAAGACGCGGCGCGGGCCGAGGUCGCGGAGCUCGCAGUACAGGGGAGUCACCUUCUACAGGAGGACGGGCCGGUGGGAGUCGCACAUCUGGGAUUGCGGGAAACAAGUCUACUUAGGUGGUUUCGAUACUGCCCACGCGGCCGCGAGGGCUUAUGAUCGUGCUGCGAUCAAGUUCCGUGGGCUAGACGCGGACAUCAACUUCAGUCUGAGUGACUACGAGGAGGAUUUGAAGCAGAUGAGGAAUUGGACCAAGGAGGAGUUCGUGCACAUUCUACGCCGCCAGAGCACGGGGUUCGCGAGGGGGAGCUCCAAGUACCGCGGCGUGACGCUACACAAGUGCGGCCGCUGGGAGGCGAGGAUGGGCCAACUUCUUGGCAAGAAGUACAUCUAUCUUGGGCUCUUCGACAGCGAAGUUGAAGCUGCAAGAGCCUAUGACAGGGCAGCCCUUCGCUUCAAUGGGAGGGAAGCUGUUACUAACUUUGAGCCUAGCUCCUACAAUGGAGGAGAUGCUAUACCCGACACCGAAAAUGAGGCAAUUGUUGAUGGUGAUGCGGUUGAUUUGGAUUUGCGGAUUUCACAACCUAAUGUGCACGGCUUCAAAAGGGACAAUACCUCAGCUGGCCGCCAUCUAACAUGUGACUCCCCUGAAUCUUCAAGCACGAUGGCCCUUCAGCCAAUGAGCUCAUCGUCCCCGUGGCCUGUGUAUCACCAAAGCACCGCUGUACCACCUCACCAUCAGCGUUUGUACUCAUCUGCUUGUCCUGGCUUGUUUCCGAACCACCAGGAAAGGCCAAUGGAGCGAAGGCUUGAGUUGGGUCCGCAGUCAUUCCCCUCCUGGGGAUGGCAAAUGCAGGGCUCCCCACACAUGCCAUUGCACCACUCUGCAGCAUCAUCAGGAUUCUCUACCGUCGUCGGCAACGCCGGCGUCCCGUUCCCGUCUCACCCGCCGGCGCCAUUCCCGGACCACAAGUUCUACUUCCCCCCGACCGCUUGACAGCCUGUUGUUCCGGUUCAACUCUUGGCCUUGGGACGGCUGCUGAUCUUGUAUUCGUGUGUGUGGCGUUUCGCAGCUUGCCGGUAACCGUUGUUAAUUAAUCGGAGAGAGAGCCAGAAGACUCAGUAUGGCUGCUAUCUCCGUGGUCUGUGCCUUUGUUAUGAUCUGAAUUAUUGCUACUACACCGUGGGUUCAUCAUGGUUUAUGAGAUUCUUUAUCCACGUUUCAGCUUCAA